AUCAUCGUCACCAUCACCACCACCAUCAUCAUCUAUUAUGUCUUAUGAUAGUUGAUACCUUAACCCUCGUGAAAUUCUGAUAAGAAAGCAUUACAGCUUAGUUUAAUCAGAUUCUGACUUCCUACCCUAUUACAGCGAAUCCCCCGAGCCUCCAAGCUCCCCGGAACUUCCCGUCCUCAACCAGCAGGAGAUCCAGGACUUCUACAGGGAGUCUCUCCUCGCCCAGAAGGCCGCAGACAGUGCCAGAAAGCUGACCACAUCCACUAGCCCGGACAAUGAGCUGAUGUUCUAUGACUCCGCAAGCAGUGGAAGCCAGGCCACCAACCCAGAACUACUGGAGGCAAAGACUGGAUCGAGAUCCGACAUGGCACCAUACGAAGACAGAGGUCUGUCGCCUAGUUCGCUUGUGAACGAUGACUUAAAAUGCGAGGAUGCACGUGCAAUCUCACCCUCACUGAGUGUACACAUCUCACGUGCCACCUCACCAACAGGUGUUAGCAUCUCACGUGCAACAUCACCAACAGCAGGUGUCAGCAUCUCACGUGCCACCUCACCAACAGCAGGUGUCAGCAUCUCACGUGCCACCUCGCCAACAGGUGUUAGCAUCUCACGUGCAACAUCACCAACGGCAGGUGUCAGCAUCUCACGAGCAUCAACACCAACAGUAGGUGUCAGCAUCUCACGUGCCACCUCGCCAAGAACAGGUGUCAGCAUCUCACGUGCAACAUCACCAACAGCAGGUGUCAGCAUCUCACGAGCAUCAACACCAACAGCAGGUGUCAGCAUCUCACGUGCCACCUCGUCAACAACAGUUGUCGGCAUCUCACGAGCAUCAACACCAACAGCAGGUGUCAGCAUCCCACAAGACCCCUCAAACGAAGUGGUAUCUGCAGCCAGGCAAACAACAGGCAUCCGCAGACGCAUUCGUCGGGCAUUCUCCCGACUUCUCAGGCCAUUCAGAUCCUGCUUUGGCCACCGCUAAGAUCCUUGGUUCAAAACGAUAUCACGGCAGCAACACUAUCAUUGGCUCUCCAAAUCACGUGUGUAGAGGUCAAAGGUAAUC